UUGGGAACCACAGAAUCAGAUAUCGAGUUGUUUGAAGAUAAUCCCGAGGAGUAUGUGUGGCGUGAUAUCGAAGGUUCAGACGUUGCGACCAGACGCCGCGCCGCCUGCGACCUGCUGCGGGCCCUCGCAACACAUUACGACGAUAAAAUGAUGGCCAUCUUCGGACAGUACGUAGAGGUCAGUGAAUUGAUUUAUUACUCACUAUUAUAG